AGAGAAAAUAUAUAGACAGCAAGAAGAGUGUCUCUCUCUCUGUAGUAGCAGAGGAAGCUAGAAAGAGAGAGAGAGUGGGCGGGUGAGAGUUUUGUCUGUUACUGCUUCGGCGAGAACUCACUCUGUUUCUGAAACCUUUUCUACAGAAAAAAGAAAAAAAAAGAAAAAGAAAGAGAUCUUCAGAGACUCCAAAUCAUAUACGUUGCUUUAUCCUGUUGCCAAAUUUGUUUUCUUUUCUCUUUCUAUCUGCUCUUAUCACCAAAUUGGUGUUUUGGGUUUUGGAUUUGGAUUUGGAUUUGGAUUGGUUGUUUCACUUAACCGACUCUGAGUCAUCAAAUCCCUGUAUUUUCUCUUCAUGGGUUGGUGAAAUUUUUAGCUGGGUCUGGGUUUUUGGUGUGUGGUUGAGAUUGAUUGAGCAAUUGAGUUGACCCCACUUGGGAUAUAUCGUAAUCUUCAUCUGGGUUUAACCCUUUUGGGGGUAUAUGUGUUUUUAAGCUGUUCUGUCCUCAAUCUUGUCCUUAUCUUUCUGGGGUUUGUGUUGUGUCAUACAAAUACAAUUGUGUGGGCUCGAUUCUGGAAUUUUAGUGAGAAUUCAAUUUGGUUCGUUUUCUUGAAGGAUCUUGGUUUGAGUUUGUGGGUUGGAAUCACAGAGGGAGAGAGAGAGAAGAUAGAGAGUGGUAAAAAGGGUGGCAUCGGUUGUUAGCUUUGCAUGGCUACUGGAUUGGAAAUUGAAGAUGGAAGUGAAAACAAAGGUAGCAUGUGGGUUUUGGAGCAAAAUCUUGAUCAACCCAUGGACGAAGAAGCAGGAAGACUUAAAAACAUGUACAAAGAAAAAAAGUUCUCUUCAUUAUUGCUUCUGCGAUUGGCAUUUCAGAGUCUUGGAGUGGUCUAUGGAGACUUAGGAACAUCUCCCUUAUAUGUGUUCUACAAUACUUUUCCUCAUGGAGUUAGAGAUCCAGAGGAGGUUAUUGGAGCUCUUUCAUUGAUCAUAUACUCUCUUACUCUUGUACCGCUACUGAAGUAUGUUUUCAUAGUUUGUAGGGCGAAUGACAAUGGUCAAGGAAGUUGGUGGAAAUUUUUGUUCCUCAUUUCACCAGCCCGUGGAAAUGGUGGAACUUUUGCUCUUUAUUCACUACUCUGUCGACAUGCAAAAAUCAAGACAAUUCCUAACCAACACCGGACUGAUGAGGAGCUGACAACAUAUAGUCGUAGUGCUUUCCAUGAGCAUUCAUAUGCAGCAAAAACCAAGAAAUGGUUGGAGGAAUAUGCUUCCAGAAAGAAUGUUCUUCUUCUACUUGUCCUUGUUGGCACUUGCAUGGUGAUUGGGGAUGGAAUUCUCACUCCAGCAAUAUCAGUUCUUUCAGCUGCUGGUGGAAUCAAGGUAGACCAUCCCAAGAUGAGUAAUGACGUAGUUGUGGUGGUCGCUGUUGUCAUUUUGGUUGGCUUGUUUAGCAUGCAACACUAUGGUACUGAUAAAGUAGGUUGGCUCUUUGCGCCAAUUGUGCUUCUUUGGUUUCUCUUAAUUGGUGGAAUUGGCAUAUUCAACAUUUGGAAAUAUGAUAGCAGUGUUCUGAAAGCUUUUUCACCAGUGUAUAUAUAUCGGUAUUUAAGAAGGGGAGGGAGAGAUGGCUGGACCUCCCUCGGGGGGAUCAUGCUUAGUAUCACAGGGACGGAGGCACUUUUUGCUGACCUAGCCCAUUUUCCAGUUUCAGCUGUACAGCUUGCUUUCACAGUAGUUGUGUUUCCUUGCCUUCUUUUAGCCUAUUCUGGACAAGCUGCCUACCUAAUAAAACACCAGGAUCAUGUGAUUGAUGCAUUUUAUCGUUCUAUUCCAGACAGAAUAUACUGGCCGGUUUUUAUUGUUGCAACUUUAGCUGCUAUUGUUGCAAGUCAAGCCACCAUAACCGCUACCUUUUCAAUAAUCAAGCAGGCCCUUGCACUUGGCUGUUUUCCUAGAGUCAAGGUUGUGCACACAUCGAAGAAAUUCCUUGGGCAGAUAUAUAUUCCAGAUAUUAAUUGGAUUCUUAUGAUUCUUUGCAUUGCUGUGACUGCGGGAUUCAAAAAUCAGAACCAAAUUGGCAAUGCAUACGGUACAGCGGUUGUGAUAGUUAUGCUGGCAACCACAUUCCUCAUGACUUUAAUCAUGUUAUUGGUAUGGCAUUGCCAUUGGAUUGUCGUUGUUAUCUUCACUGCUUUAUCUCUGGUAGUGGAGCUCACUUACUUCUCUGCUGUACUUUUCAAGAUCAAUCAAGGUGGGUGGGUCCCACUUGUGAUUGCAGCGGGCUUUCUAGUUAUCAUGUGUGUCUGGCACUACGGUACAGUGAAACGCUACGAGUUUGAAAUGCACAGUAAGGUCUCAAUGGCAUGGAUUCUCGGACUGGGACCCAGUUUAGGACUGGUCCGUGUCCCUGGGAUAGGGCUUGUGUUCACUGAGUUAGCAAGUGGGGUCCCUCGUAUCUUUUCUCACUUCAUCACAAACUUACCGGCCAUCCAUUCCGUUGUUGUCUUCGUGUGCGUGAAGUACCUUCCGGUGUAUACCGUCCCGGAAGAGGAGAGAUUUCUCGUAAAACGGAUUGGACCCAAGAAUUUUCACAUGUUCCGCUGUGUUGCAAGGUACGGUUACAGAGACCUCCAUAAGAAAGAUGAUGACUUUGAGAAAAAACUCUUUAACAACCUCUUCAUGUUUGUCCGGCUUGAAUCGAUGAUGGAAGGGUGUUCAGACUCUGAUGAGUAUAGCUUGUACGGCCAACAAACCGAGCGGUCAAAAGACUUUCUGUUGUCAAAUAAUGCCGACACCACAGCUUCGUGCAACAUUGACCUCACGAUUUCAUCGGUGGACUCGAUCGUGCAGGUAAAGUCUCCGAUGCAGGCUAGUCAGACCAUCACAUCGUCAGGGCAGACAAGCAACCACUCAGAGGUUGACGAGUUGGAGUUCUUGACCAAUUGCCGAGAUGCCGGGGUGGUGCACAUACUUGGGAACACGGUGAUAAAAGCUAGUAGAGAUUCUAGGAUAUAUAAGAAAAUUGCAGUUGAUUAUAUAUAUGCUUUUCUUAGGAAGAUUUGCAGGGAAAAUAGUGUCAUUUUCAAUGUUCCUCAUGAAAGUCUCUUGAACGUGGGGCAGAUUUUCUAUGUAUGAUUUUCUUAAGGGAAAUUGAGAUGAAAUAAGAAUAGAAUCAUGUCUUGAAGUUAGGGUUGAACUGAUUUUCUUAAGGGAAAUUGAGAUGAAAUAAGAAUAGAAUCAUGUUUUGAAGUUAGGGUUGAACUGAUACAUUUUUUUUUAGUCAGUGCCCUUUACAUGUAUGUAAGUUUUGUUUGGUGGAGGCCCUUUUAGAAUUGGCAGUAGAAAACUAAAUGGAGACCUUGGCUUCGUUUGGGAA